AUGAGCGCUCGGGCUCCAACGCUCGCGGCGCGUCCGCGUCCAUCCGCGCCGGGGGCGGGCCCCCGGCGCCGCGCGGACGUCGUCGCCGCCGUCGGAUAUCGGCCGUCGUCGACUCCGGUGACGUACGUCGAGCGCGCCGUGACCCCGCGAGAGGCGUGGCGACGGAUGUGGACGCGCGCCGAUCGGUACCACGUCCACGGAAUCUCCGGCGCCGCGUUCACCCUGCUCGGCGGUUACGUCCUCGCCGCGUGGGCCAAACGCGACCUCGGCGCGCUCGGCGUCAUCGACGACCACGGCGCGUCGGCGAACGCGGUGCGCGACGCGCUCGAGGCGCACGGGGGUGCGCCGGAAUUUUGGGCACUCGCGUCGCUCUCGCUGGCGCUCGCGGGAGUGUGCGCCCUCUCCGGCACCCCGCUCGGCACGAAACGCGGUUGGCGCAAGGUGGAGCUCAGCGUCCGGUCGACGCUGUUCCAACUGGUGCUGACGUGGCAGGCGCUUCGCCUCGGCCCCGGCGGCGAAAGCCUCGCGGGCCUUGACGAGUUUGCGUGGCAAAUCGCGCUCGCGCCGUUCGCGUGGCAGUGCGUCACCUCCGCGUACAUCAUCGCGUUCACGGACGACGACAAGCGCUCGGCGAUGUUGGUGCUUAUCGGGACGUGGCUGUUCGGCGCGCAGGUGUUCCCGGCGGCGAGCGUCAUCGCGGGGGGCGCGGGGGGCGUGGCAUCGUUAGCGUUAGCGAGGCCCGGGCUCGUCACCGUCUGGACACAUUCUUUGCUCGGGCUGGUGUGGCUGCUGAACUGGAGCACGCUGGGGGCGUCGAUGAGGGCGAGGAGGGUGAUCGACGACGCGGGGUACCGAGCGUCGUUCCUGCUGCGGCCGAGCGCGGCGUGGAUCGCGCUCUUCGCGCUGGACGUGGCGGCGUAUCAUCCGUUCGCGUCCAUCUGGGAGUACUUCGCAACCGCGGGGGGCGCUCGGCUGUGA